AGCCGCUGUCAGACACGGUCGCUGAGCGCCAGCGAGGAAGAGCCUCCGGCCCAGGCGGCGUGAGCCUCGAGACCCCGGAAAGCAGUACCCGCUCCCCAGCCACCCCGAACCCAGCGUUGGGUCACUCCUGCCGGGCUCCCUGGCCCGUCUUGGCCUCCGAGCCGCAGCCAGCACCGCUCUUGAACAUCCCAUCAAUUCACUAUGGGAAACCACUCUGGAAAGCGAGAGUUAACUGCCGAGAAGGCCAGCAAGGAUGGUGAGAUUCACAAAGGAGCCGCUGAAAAGAAGAGAAGCAGCGUGGGCAAGCUUUCUCAGACCAACUCAGAAGACAGCGAUGUGUUUGGGGAGGCAGAUGCGAUCCAGAACAAUGGGACCUCGGCUGAGGACUUGGCGGUGACAGACUCCAAGCACACAGCAGACCCAAAGAAUAACUGGCAAGGUUCCCACCCAGCUGACCCAGGGCACCGCCCCCACUUGAUCCGCCUCUUUUCCCGAGAUGCCCCGGGAAGGGAGGACAACACCUUCAAAGACAGGCCCUCCGAGUCCGACGAGCUUCAGACCAUCCAAGAAGACCCCACAGCAGCUCCCGAAGGCCUGGAUGUGAUGGCGUCCCAGAAGAGACCCUCUCAGCGAUCCAAGUACCUGGCCACAGCAAGUACCAUGGACCAUGCCAGGCAUGGUUUCCUCCCAAGGCACAGAGACUCGGGCAUCCUUGACUCCAUUGGGCGCUUCUUUAGUGGUGACAGGGGCGCACCCAAGCGGGGCUCUGGCAAGGUACCCUGGCUAAAGCAGAGCCGGAGCCCUCUGCCCUCCCAUGCCCGCAGCCGUCCUGGGCUGUGCCACCUGUACAAGGACUCACACACAUCAAGAACUACCCACUAUGGAUCCCUGCCCCAGAAGUCCCAGCACGGCCGGACCCAAGAUGAAAACCCAGUAGUCCACUUCUUCAAGAACAUUGUGACACCUCGCACACCUCCUCCAUCCCAAGGAAAGGGGAGAGGCCUGUCCCUCAGCAGAUUUAGCUGGGGGGCCGAGGGGCAGAAGCCAGGAUUUGGCUACGGAGGCAGAGCUUCCGACUAUAAAUCGGCUCACAAGGGAUUCAAGGGGGCCUACGACGCCCAGGGCACGCUUUCCAAAAUCUUUAAGCUGGGAGGAAGAGACAGCCGCUCCGGAUCUCCCAUGGCGAGACGCUGAAAGCCCUCCCUGCUCAGCCUUCCCGAGCCCUGCCCUCGGCUUCUUAAUAUAACUGCCUUAAACUUUUAAUUCUACUUGCACCCGUGAGCUAGUUAGAGCAGACCCUCUCCUAAUCCCGGGGAGCCCUGCAAGUGGCGGGGCCAGGCCUCGGCACCCCGACUACUUAAAACUGUUUGUCCCUUUUCAUUUGAAGAUUGCGUUUCCUCGGGGUCUUCUCUGCCUUGCCUUGUGCCCCGUGUACCCUGGUCGACUCCGGAGGACACCCUUCCCAGUUCACCCCUACUCCAUCCUCAGACUUUCUUUUCACGGCGAGGCACACCCCUCCAGCUUCCGUGGGCACGGAUAGACAGGCACACCGCCAAGGAGCCAGAGAGCGUGGCGCAGGGGACUGUGUGGUCCAGGCUUCCUUUGUUUUCUUCCCCCUAAAGAGCUUUGUUUUUCCUAACAGGAUCAGACAGUCUUGGCGUGGCUUAUACACCGGGGGCUUGUGGUAUGUGAGCGCAGGCUGGGCAGCUGUGAGAGUCCAGAGUGGGGUGGCCCUGGGGACGCUUCCAGGCCAGCUGUCCCCUGCACCCCACCAGCUGAUUUCGAGCGUGGCAGAGGGAAGGAAAGGGGCGAGCGGGCUGGGCAAUGGCCCCAACAGGAAACGGGACUUAGGGAAACUCGCUGGAGAUGCCAUGUGUGGCCGCUGUGUCACCAUCUCUCCCCGGUGGCUCCCCAGAGCCGGUGCCUUUAAGAACCCCGUUUCCUCUCAGAGCCCAGGGAGAGUCCAGGGACUUGGCGCAUCUGGUCGUGGGACUGCAGGAGUUCUCUGGCGGCCUCGCGCUGGCUCACUGGCCACUCAUUGCAUUGGGGUGGCCAGGAGCAGCUCGCCAUGGCAGUGCCCAUUGGCACACACUAACAUCAGUGAAAAAUAACUCUCCCUUGCUUCAUAGAAAGGACUCAUUCUUAGCUGAUUUGGGUGUGUUCCUGUCACUGAGUGGCCACCCUGGAUGCAGGGCCGGCCUGGGCGACCCUCAGGGAUGAGGAGCUCGGAACCCCAUUCUUCUAACUUCCAUAGACAGCUCCCUGCCCCUCUAACAUACUGACAAUGUCUUUUGAUUCAGAGUAUCUUUUAUAGACCUCCCAAAGAGCCCCACACUGGCACCAUCGUCCCUUGGAAGGGAGGUGAUGGUUGAUGUAGACCAACAAACAUCUUGUUAAUCUGUCCUAAUUCUGAGUGUAGUGUGGGUUUAAGAUAACUCCUAUUAAUAUAUAGCCACAAUAAUGUGAGGGUAGAGAAGAGCAGGGAAGAGAAUUCCAGAAACAAACCCUCCAGGUAGUUCCACAGGAGUACUUGCCCUCCAGUGUGAUGGAACAACCUUGCUCAUGGCUUCUUCAACCAGACAGCACAUGCUGCAGAACGGCUGGACAGAAGCACCUACUGUUCUUGAAUAUUGAAAUAAAAUAAUAAACUUGCGAUAAUCCUUGUG